AUGCAAUCAGAGAGUUUUAAUUCUAAAUACCUGCAAAAUUCUUUCUCAUAUGAUGUUAAGCGACUGGUGUACAAUGAGGAGACCUUUCAACAGGAACACAGAAGGAAGGUCCCUUCCUCAGGGAACUUGGACAUCAACAUUACCACCUUCAGACAUCACGUCCAGUGCCGCUGCUCAUGGCAUAAGUUCAUAAGAUGCAUGUUGAUGAUCUUUCCCUUCCUAGAGUGGGUAUGUUUGUAUCGAUUCAAGGAUUGGCUUCUUGGAGACUUACUUGCUGGUAUAAGUGUUGGCUUUGUGCAGGUUCCCCAAGAGCUGACAUUUUGUCUGAUGGCAAGACAACUGAUUCCUCCACUCAAUAUUUCUUAUGCAGCAUUCUGUUCUUCAGUAAUUUAUGUAAUUUUUGGAUCAUGUCAUCAAAUGUCUAUUGGUUCCUACUUCCUUGUGAGUGCUCUGAUGAUCAAUGUCCUGAAGGUGAGCCCAUUCAACAGUGGCCACCUGGUAUUAGGAACUUUCAUCAAGGAUGACUUUUCUGACCCCUCCUUCUUUAUGGCCUAUAACAGAUCCUUGAGUGUGGUGGCGACCACAACUUUCUUGACUGGGAUUAUUCAGCUAUCAAUGGGCAUGUUAGGUUUUGGUUUCAUUGCCACUUACCUUCCGGAGUCUGUCAUCAGUGCUUACCUGGUUGCCACAGCGCUGCACGUCAUUCUGUCCCAGAUGACAUGUAUCUUCGGGAUUAUGAUUAGUUUCCACGCUGGUCCAAUUGCCUUCUUUUAUAACAUAAUUAACUACUGCAUGAAUCUACCAAAAGCAAAUUCCACCAGCAUCCUACUAUUUCUAACGGUCGUAGUAAUUCUGAGAAUCAACAAAUGUAUCAAAAUUUCUUUUAACCGGUACCCCAUCGAGUUUCCUAUGGAAUUCCUACUGAUUGUUGGCUUCACUGUACUUGCAAACAAGCUAAGCAUGGCUACAGAAACCAGCAAGACGCUCAUUGAGAUGAUCCCUUAUAGGUUCCUGUUUCCUGAAAUACCAAAUAUGAACAUUCUCCACAUCAUUAUUUUACAAGCCUUCUCUUUAGCUCUAGUGAGCUCGUCUCUACUCAUAUUUCUGGGCAGAAAAAUUUCUGCUAUCCAUAACUAUGAUGUCAAUUCCAACCAGGAUUUAAUAGCCAUUGGCCUUUGCAAUGUCGUCAGCUCAUUUUUCAGAUGUUGCGUGUUUACUGGUGCUAUUGCUAGGACUAUUAUCCAGAAUAAAUCUGGAGGAAGACAACAGUUUGCAUCUCUGGUAGGCGCAGGUGUGAUGCUGCUGCUGAUGGUGAAGGUGGGACAUUUUUUCUACAAACUACCAAAUGCUGUGCUGGCUGGCAUUAUUCUAAGCAAUGUCAUGCCCUACUUUGAAACUAUGUUCAACUUACCCAACCUGUGGAGGCAGGACCAGUAUGAUUGUUUUAUGUGGCUGGUGACGUUUACAUCUGCAGUCUUCCUGGGACUGGACAUUGGACUGCUCAUUUCAGUAGCUUUUGCCUUCUUCAUCAUCACCGUUCGGUCACACAGAACUAAGAUUUUCCUUCUGGGCCAGAUCCCAAACACCAACAUUUACAGGAGCAUCAGUGACUAUCGGGAGAUUUUGAACAUUCCUGGGGUGAAAAUCUUCCAGUGUUGUAACUCCAUUACGUUUGUAAAUGUUUACCGCCUGAAGCAGAAGCUGUUAAAUGAAACUGAGAUGGUCAACGUACGUCUUAAAGAAGAAGAAGUUUUCAGCCUCUUCGGUCAUAGUGGUCACCAUGGUCAUAUCAGCAGAGAGGCAGAAAGGGGCUGUCGGUGUUUCUGCAACUGUGAUGAACCGGAGCCACCACCCAGGAUUGUCUACACAGAACGAUUUGAACCUAAAUCAAGACAAUCUUCUUCCUCCGUUAACCUCAUCCAAUGCUCACGCUUCGAGAGCGAGAGUACGAACCAGUCCACUACGUCUGAUGAGCAAGUGCCAUACGCAGUAUCUUCCACAUCUCAGAAAAAUCAAGGGCAAAACUUGGAGGAGGUGGGGAAAGUUCCUAACAACCCCUCAAGAAACAGCUCGCUACCAGUGCCCAACCCUGUUGAUAGUCAGGGGAGGAGUAUAUCAUUCCUCCCUUACUCAGAAGUUUCUCUUCUACCCACCACCCACACCAUCAUCCUGGAUUUCUCCAUGGUCCAGUUUGUGGAUUCCUGGGCUUCGGUCGUCUUAAGACAAAUGUGCAAUGCUUUCCAAAAAGCCAACAUUUUGGUGCUCAUUGCAGGGUGUCACUCUUCUGUGGUCAGAGCAUUUGAAAGGAAUGACUUCUUUGAUGAUGGGAUCACCAAGUCCCAGCUGUUCCUCAGCCUCCACGAUGCCGUGCUGUUUGCCUUAUCAAGGAGGAUCCCAGACUCCUCCGAGUUAAGCAUGGACGAAUCUGAGACCGUGAUACAGGAAACCUACUCAGAAAAGAAUGUAAGAGGAGCUGAACUCAACCUGGCCAAAUCUAAAGGAUAA